CCAAGUUCAAAUCACAGCCUAUAAAACAACCAAUGCUUAAGUUUAGCUGUCUGUUGACAGUUCAUCUUCACAUUGCAAGGAUGUAUUAUUCAUGGAUUAUUGGUAUCUUUGUGAUAGACUGCCUAAUUGUUUGGGGAAAGCCACAUUUACGUAUGAAUCGCGAGCUUCUUGGACUUCCUAGUAAUGCAACAACAAUAAGGGAAGAAAUUUCCACCUCUUUCACAUGUGAAAGUAGAUCCUAUGGAUACUAUGCUGACACUGAGAAUGAUUGCCAGCUUUUCCAUGUGUGCCUCCCAGUGCAAUAUGUGGAUGGCAGCCAGGAAACUUUCAAGUGGAGCUUCAUCUGUCCUCAGGAGACUGUAUUCAAUCAGGAGACAUUCACUUGUGCAAGACCGGAGGAUUCUGUGGCUUGCAAAGAUUCACCACUUUUCUACAUGCUGAAUGAUCGCUUUGGACAAAUAGAUAGUGUGAAUAUGACCAACUCUAUUGAUGGACAAGAAAUGAUUGAUAUGGAAAUGGAGGCAUUAUAAGUAGUCUUUUGAAAAAAGAACAGACACUGUUGAAGAUCUCAGUGACACAGCCUGAAUGUUGUUGUUUAACAAGUCAAAAACCCAUCGUUCUAAAUUUAUAUAAUUUGAUUUUUAUCAACGUACAGUAGGCUACGUUACUGGUAGGGUCACCAAGCAAGGCCCUUGUAAACAUGAUUUUUUCGUUUUUCAACUAAAAUAUUGAGCAUUUUUCAUUACAUUCUGCAAUCAACUCUUGUCUGUGUAUUCCAAGAAAUCUUUGAAUUUGGUACAAAAUUAAACUCACAACAGAAAUGUACUAAUCAUGGCCAACUAUUAGUCGAACUUGUGCAGGGCAAAAUUCAAAUUACCAGAAUUUUGAUAGGUUUAUACUAUUAAAUGAUAACUUUGUGAUAAUUCAGUACUGAAUAAAAUGAAUCAAACAUUGUUAAGUAGACCUAUUAAAAAGAUACCACUUUGUUGCUGGAUGAAAAUCCAUCCUUUUUUUUUCAAGAGCUGUGUUCUCUCAGGUAAUUUUUAACCAAGCAAUUUACAGGUUCUGUGACUAAUCUUAAGUCUGCACGUAGGCUAUUUACUGACAAUCCAAAUCUGACAAAAAAAUAUAAUACUGCAAAGAAGGAAUAUUUCAAUGUAUCAAAUCUAAAAAUUAUGAACAAUAAAAUAAAAUAAUUUUAC